AUGUCUCGCCGUCCCCCAAAGGGCGAGUACAUCGAGACCGACACAGGUAACAAAGUCGCCCGCAAAGCCGUCCUCGUCGGAACCCAGAACAUCAUGCUCGGCGGCAAGACCGUCAUCCAGCCCGAAGUCAUGAUCCGUGGCGACCUCGCACGCACAGCAGCAGCAGCCGCUGCAUCGUCCUCGUCCGGCAGCGCGCCUGCCAGCAACACCGCCGUCGCCAUAGGCCGCUACUGCUUCCUCUCGCGCGCCGUGCUGCUGCGUCCGCCGGGCCGCAUAUACAAGGGCGCAUUCACGUACAUGCCGCUGCGCAUAGGGGACCACGUCUUUGUCGGCCAGGGGACCGUCGUGCAGGCGGCGGCGGUGGGAAACCACGUGCAGAUCGGCAAGGGGUGCGUUAUCGGCGAGUUUGCCAUCCUGAAGGACUUUGUCAAGGUCUUGGACAACACUGUUGUGCCGCCGAGUAUGGUUAUCCCUAGCUUUUCUAUCGUCGCGGGUCAGCCGGCGAGAGUUAUCGGGGAGAUUCCCGAGGGUGGUUAUGAUGAGUUUGAGUUGAGGGAUAUGUACAAGACGGUUGGAAACAAUCCUCAACCUCCGGCGCCUUGA